AUGGACCAUGAGACCCUGGGAAGUGUUGUCCUGCUUGCCAUUGUCACCUUGAUAAGUGUUGUCCAAAACGCUUUUUUUGCUAACAAAGUGGAGCAUGAAAGCAAACACUGCAAUGGCAAGGGGCUCCAGCGGCAGGGAACCUCCUCCUUCGACCGUGUCUACACUGCCAGCCAGAACUGUGGACACACAUACCCUACAUUUCUUGCUGUGCUUUGGUGUGCUGGCCUUCUCUGCAGCCAAGCUCCUGCUGCCUUUGCUGGCCUGAUGUACUUGUUUGUGAGGCAGAAGUACUUUGUGGGCUACCUUGGGGAGAGGACUCAGAGCACUCCGGGUUACUUGCUUGGAAAGCGCAUCCUUUUUUUCCUGUUCCUCAUGUCUGUGGCUGGAAUACUCAACUACUAUCUCAUCUUCUUUUUUGGAAGUGACUUUGAAAUACACAUAAAAACGAUAACCAGUGCGAUCUCUCCGUUGCUGCUCAUACCCUAG